AUGGGGUGCCCUAAAGCUAGUGUCUACGGUAAACCUCCACCAACAGACUGUCGACUACCUACCGAUCCUAAUAACACCCCUCGAAGUGCACUAGAGAAAUGGUUCACAAAGGAGAUGUUCCAGGAUCUGUUUCCGUUUGCCAAUCUUGGCUUGGGUCCAAACCCGUGCUUACCGUAUUCCUACGAGGCAUUUGUCAUCGCCGCUCGCUAUUUCCCGGAAUUCGCUACUGUAUCCCCGAAUAAAAUAUACACACCCGAAGAAAACUAUCGCCGUGAUCUGGCUGCCUUUUUCGCCCAUGCAAUUCAAGAAACCGGGGAGAAUAACAUCGCGCUUUACGGCGGCUCAAUGACAGAUGAUCAAGCCCAUAAUUGCUUCUACCGUGGCGGUUUCUACAACUGGUUCGAGGGUGGCCCGUCCAGCUCAUUCCUCGACCCAACGAGUCCUGGCUAUGAGCCAAAAGACGGUAAUUAUUGUCAUGAGAGCGGAAAAUACUGCGCUGAAAGUGACGAAUUGACGUAUUGGUUCCCGUGUGGUGGUCGGCAACAGAGGGAUGGUAAUGUUACCUGGCAUACCGGAUGUUAUUUUGGACGUGGAGCGAUCCAGAUUUCGUAUAACUACAACUACGGUCAAUUUAAUGAAUGGUUACUAUCAAGAAAUAUCACCGUGGAUUUGAUGGCGGAGCCAAAUCUGGUGAUCACGAAAAUGGAUCCACCACUCGCGAUUUUGGCAUCCCUCUGGUUUUACAUGACACCACAGCCACCAAAGCCAGCGAUGCACGAUAUUGUUAUGGGCACUUGGAAUAGUGGCACAAAAAAUGCAGAGGCUGGCUACACGGGCCCAAUCUUUGGACCAACAUCAUUAAUUAUUAACAACGAAUGUAAUGGAGAGGAUCGUGAAGAGCCGGGAGGCCCCGGGGAGUCUCGUCGGAUCAAGGCGUUCAAGUGGUUUUGUCGGCAUUUUGGGGUGCCGGCGGGUGCCGACAAGUUGUUGUCCUGUAAAAAUAUGCCGGUUUGGCUCGAGCAAAUCGGACCGCAUCCGCUCUCAUGGCAGCCGAACUGGACAAACACUUGGAAGGAAGAACCGUGUGAUUGUGCGCCGGCUGGUUAUGGAGGUAUGAUCCCAUACUUUCAUCCUGACCAUUACCCGGCCGCUUUCGUUGCCCUCAAUGCGCGGAACCGACUGAAAUGUGUGGCCAGUGUCUACGACAACCCUUCAAUGUACAGUAUGAACAACAAGUCAUCACCCUGUCUCAAUUUU